GAUUUUCUUUUGUAUUUUUAGUUUUAAGGGUUUAUUUAUUUUGUGUUUUUGAGAUGUCCAGUGUCAAUUUAAUCAUAAUAAUUACUGAAUCUCUGAAAAAGUUUUGGUUUUGGUGAUUUGAAGAAUGGGGUUUUGAACUGCUGUCAUUUUCUCUAAAUUUUCUGCAUUUAUGUAUGCUGUAUCUGGGUGAUAUGAUGUAAUGGAGUUUUAAUGAAGUGAGUUCAAUGCAGAGAGCUUUUCUGGAAAUUUUCUGCAAUUUUAUGUGUGUGGCUGGAUGAAUUGUGUGUUUUGAAUGAAGAUUUGACAAGUGGGUAUUUUCAUGUCUGUAUUAGGAUGAAAGGAGGGCAACUCAGAAUAAGAUCUAGGGGUCAAGAGUUGUCUCUAGCUCUCAUUUUUUUUGUAUGUACCACUAUUCUUUUCUGGGCAUGGGACAGAACUCCACUUCUAACUUCAUUGCAGCUGCCGCCCAAAAUUCCGUUGUUGCAACAUUCUCCAGAUAUUAUACUGAUGCCGUCAGAACAAAGAACACAUGUGACCAAAGAUAUUACAGCUUUUGUGCCGAAAGACACCAUAAAUAAUGAGGAGGCACACCAGUUGGAUGAAGUGACUUCAGAGAAUCCUGUGAAAAGCACUUCUUAUUCAGUAACAGUUCCACAUAAGAAGGCCUGUAAUUAUGCAAAAGGAAAGUGGGUGGUAGAUGACAGACGACCUUUAUAUUCUGGGUCUGAAUGUAAACAAUGGUUAGCUCCAAUGUGGGCUUGCCGAUUAAUGCAGCGUCAAGAUUUUGCCUAUGAAAAGCUAAGGUGGCAACCAAAAGAUUGUCAAAUGGAAGAAUUUGAAGGUGCCAAGUUCCUGGAAAGGAUGCGGGAUAAAACCCUUGCUUUUGUUGGAGAUUCAUUGGGUAGACAGCAGUUCCUGUCUCUAAUGUGCAUGAUCACGGGUGGUAAAGAGAGGACUGAUGUCAUAGAUGUGGGAGAAGAGUAUGGUUUCAUCACACCUGGUAGUCAACGUCCUAAUGGAUGGGCUUACAGAUUCCCAAGAACCAAUACUACUGUCCUCUACCACUGGUCUUCCUGCCUUUGUGAUUUGGAGCCUCUUAAUGUUACUGACCCACUCACUGAAUAUGCCAUGCAUCUUGAUCGGCCCCCAGCAUUCCUACACCAAUUUCUUCACAAAAUUGAUGUCCUGGUUCUCAACACAGGACACCAUUGGAAUCGAGGGAAACUUAGAGGUAACCGGUGGGUCAUGUACAUUGGGGGUGUUCCCAACACCAAUAAGAAGAUGGCAGCUAUGGGAAGUGCCAAGAACUUCACAGUCCACAAUACUGUUAAGUGGUUGAACUCACAGCUACCAAAAUAUCCACACUUGAAAGCCUUCUACCGUAGCAUCUCUCCUAGGCACUUUGUAAAUGGGGACUGGAACACUGGAGGCAGUUGUGACAACACAACUCCUAUGUCUAUAGGAAGGGAAGUACUACAAGAAGAAUCUAGCGAUGAUGUUGCUGCCAGUGCAGUGAGGGAGACAGGGGUUAAGCUUCUGGACAUAACAGCACUAUCACAGGUAAGAGACGAGGGGCAUAUAUCCCGAUUCAGUAUUACAGCUGCACCAGGAGUCCAAGAUUGCUUGCAUUGGUGUUUGCCUGGUGUUCCAGACACAUGGAACGAACUCCUUUUUGCACAGAUUUAGUCCUUGUUGGUGCAGAAUGAAGAAUUCUUGCAGCACACUUGACAUGCCAGACUGUAGCUAGCCUCUUCCCUGCAAUGCACUCCACAAUGACUCCUCUUAUGACAUUGCAAUACCAUGGGAAAGGUUUCCAAGUUGUGACCAUAUUUAUUAUCGGGGUUCUUGUAGCGUUUAAGCAUGUAAUUUACACGGUCAUCAUAUUUAUAGAUUUAGUUUCUAGAUUAUGUAGCUUAGUAGAUCAUUAUUUCCUUCACUUUCCCAUGAUACACUUUCAGCACCAAAAUGAGGAAACACAGUCUAAUACUUUGGCUCCAUGCAAACCUCUGAAGAUGAAAGAUGCUUGUUCACGGAUUGAAGAGCACCAAAGAAGUUUGGAAGGAAAAUUAUUUGAGGAAUAAUGUUAAAAAAUUGGCUAGCUAGAAACUCAUCAAGAAAAUUUCAUAUCUCGAGUUGUUUUUUUUAAUUACCGACAUUUUAUACCAAAGCUUCCUUUCAUGCUAGUGUUAAACACUA